GCGGUUUCUAGUGUUGUGUGGUGUGAUCCAGGCAUUGAGAUGGCCGAGACAGCUCCUUCCCCGGCUCCUCCGCCGGCAGAAACCUCUUCCAAGAAGAAACAGCCGAAAAAGCCGGCAGCUGCAAAAAGCCGUCCUGUGAAGUCCGGUCCCAGUGUCUCCGAGCUGAUUGUGAAAGCGGUCUCUGCGUCCAAGGAGCGCAGCGGAGUGUCUCUCGCAGCUCUUAAAAAAGCACUCGCUGCUGGCGGCUACGACGUAGAAAAGAAUAACAGCCGCCUGAAGCUCGCUCUCAAGGGUCUGGUGUCUAAAGAGACCCUGAUCCAGCUGAAAGGAAGCGGUGCCUCUGGCUCUUUCAAGCUGAACAAGAAGCAGCUGGAGAGCAGAGAGAAGACAUCAAAGAAGAAGGAAACUCCCGUAAAGACUAAAAAAGUAGCCCCUAAGAAGGUUGUGAAGUCGCCCAAGAAAGCCCCUGCAGGAGCGAAGAAAAGCCCGAAAAAGAUCAAGAAACCGUCGGCUGCUGCCAAGAGUCCCAAGAAGCCUAAGGUUGUUAAAGCGAAGAAAGCUGGCAAGAGCCCAGCUAAGAAGGCCACAAAGCCCAAGGCUACCAAAAGCCCCGCUAAGCCCAAGGCAGCCAAAAGCCCCGCUAAGCCCAAGGCAGUCAAAAGCCCCGCAAAGCCUAAGGCAGCCAAAAGCCCCGCUAAGCCCAAGGCUAAAAAGGCAGCCCCCAAAAAGUGAGAAGGGGUUUUGCAGCGCCUCUGGUGUGUGCUUUCCCACUUAAUUCUUCACACAAAAGGUUCUUUUCAGAACCAUCAUA